ACCUGACUUACUUUCAGUGCUUUGUUAUAGCUCAUGCAGUAGUUGUGUCUGGUCCUUUGGAGUUUUUUUUCUAUUCAUUACACUUCUGUUCUUCACGGCAAAGUAUUGCAUAGUGUCAAAAAACAAGAUUCCAAAAUGGUGCUUGAAAGUACAAUGAUAUGUGUCGACAACAGUGACUAUAUGAGAAAUGGAGAUUUUUUACCAACUCGGCUUCAAGCUCAACAAGAUGCUGUUAAUUUAGUAUGUCAUUCAAAGACUCGUGCAAAUCCAGAAAAUAAUGUGGGUUUGAUCACGCUUGCAAAUGUGGAAGUACUCGCUACUUUAACAAGCGAUGUAGGGCGAAUUCUAUCAAAACUACAUCAGGUUCAACCUAAUGGCAACCUCAAUUUAAUAACUGGCAUCAGGAUCGCUCAUUUGGCGCUUAAGCACCGUCAAGGAAAAAAUCAUAAAAUGAGAAUUGUAGCUUUUAUAGGAAGUCCUAUUCUAUUUGAUGAAAAAGAACUUGUUAAAUUAGCCAAACGGUUAAAGAAAGAAAAAGUUAAUGUCGAUAUUAUCAGUUUUGGUGAGGAAGCUGUAAAUAAUGAUGUUUUAACAUCAUUCAUAAACGCUCUUAAUGGUAAAGAUGGUACUGGAAGCCAUCUUGUAACUGUGCCUCCUGGCCCACAUCUAUCAGAUGCUUUAAUAUCGUCUCCAAUAAUUCAAGGAGAAGAUGGCAUGGGUGGUCCUGGAAUGAGUGGAAAUGCAUUUGAAUUUGGUGUAGAUCCUAAUGAAGAUCCAGAACUAGCAUUGGCUUUGCGAGUUUCUAUGGAAGAACAAAGACAGCGGCAAGAAGAAGAAGCUCGUCAUGCACAAGUUGCAGAGAGUGAAAUUAAGCCCGAAACCGUCACAGAAACACCAAAUGAAGAAGUUAUGCUUAAGCGUGCAUUGGCUAUGUCUCUUGAAGGUGCUGAUGAAAUUACAAGUGCACCAGAGACUGUUCCUACUUCAAGCCAUGUUCCAGAUUUCGCUCGAAUGUCAGAAGAAGAGCAGAUUGCUUUCGCAAUGCAAAUGUCUAUGCAAGAUCAACAAGACUUGGAGCCAGAAAAAGAAGAAGCCAUGGAAGUAGAAGAUGAUUAUGUCGCCGUUAUGUCUGAUCCUGCUUUUCUGCAAACAGUUUUGGAAAGUCUUCCUGGUGUUGAUCCUCAAUCAGAAGCUGUACGUCAAGCAGUUAAUUCCUUGCAGCAAAAUAAAGACAAAAGUCAAGAUAAAGAAAAAGACUCAAAUAACGACAAAAAAUGAAUAAAUAAAUAUAAAAUAUCUAUUAAAUAAUCAACAUUUAUUUGAAUUUAAAGUACUUUAUAUAACUUAAUGUUGAAAACAGCAAUUAAAUUGACAUUUUCACAAAUAAA